CACAGGCGAUCCACGCACUCAUCAUCAUCCUCCUCCUCCUCCUGCUGCUGCUGUGACGUGCUCGGGAUAAACCCACGCUGUCAUACGCCGCCGCUGCUGCUGCUGCUGGAAUAACCUCUUAGGGGGUGCUGGGAAGAGGAGGCGCCCGCCCGCCCGCCUUUACUGCAGCGCUUAAACAUUACAGAUUAACACGGAGACGGGAUAGCCCCGGCAGCUAAUCCACGCGCGUGCGUUGUGCCCGGGACGCCGAUCCGUGAUUAUUAUUAUGACUGUGUCAGCGUACGGAGGAGCAGCAGUAGCAGCAGCGUGCGUUGGUGGUGUUGGUGGUGCUGUCUAGCACAAGAACGCGUGCGAGCAUCUCGAGAGGGAGCUGGUGGUGCUGCUGGUGGUGCUGCUGCUGGUGAUCGUGGUGGUGGAUUUUGCGCGUUGCGCGCCCCGACUAAACAACGUCUGAACUUCAUUCAGAAGAAGGAGGAUUUGGCAGAAAACGGUACUUGGUGUGCAUCUCGACAUUCUUCUUCAGUGGGAGUCUGAUAUUUUAAAGCAACAUCUGGUGACACCUGUGCUGUGGUCGGAACACGGAACAAGAGAACACUCACUAUGAGCUCACAAGCUGCACAACACAUCUCUGUCAACCACAAUACAUUGGAGGAGUUGAAAGAAAAUGGAAAACCAUCCGUGGAGGAAGACUCCGCACGGACCUCUCGCAGACGUGUUAUUUCCACCGUCACUAUUUCUCACAUGAAGAAAGCGCAGAGCUCUCCUGACAUUCCGUGGUUAACAGAAACAGACGCUUCCAGAUUUAGCACAGGAAGGGGCUCGGUUUUGCUUGCCUGUUCGACCCGGGCUCAUCACACCAAACACAGCACUGCCCACAUAUACACCGCCGCCGCUGGUGCAGAUGAUCAUAUAGAACAUGAAGUAUCUGAGGCUGCAUCAUCCCCACCGGGUGAGAAUGCUGACAUCGGCCCCGUCAAUGGAGACACAUCUUCAUCGCCCUUGGUGUCCAAGGGAUUCCGCAGUGUGAAACCCAGCCUCGUCACGACCGAGAAAAAACACACGCAGCCUGAAGAUGGAUCCUGCCUGAGCACAGAUGCCACACAUGACCCAGGCAGCGCUUUUGAGCAAACCUAUAGCUCAGAGCACACAGCAUCUGAGGAAAUGGAGUCAGCUGGCAAUCCUUCACCAGCGCUGCCCAUCACAGAAAACAUGUCUGACCUUCAGCCGCAAGAUUUGAAUUUUCCGAACCUCAAUUACUUCAUCCCCGUUCAUUUGCCAAGAGACGGAAAGCCAGAACAUUCAUCUGCAGAGCCACCUGAGUUGGAGAUGCACCCCGCUCGCCUUCAGCCUGGAGCCGUGGAGCGGGAUGACGUCCUUGCGGAACAAAGCCAGUCCUGCAAGACUGUGCAAGACGAUCAAGCCUCCAGCAGACCAGACAUCGACCAGGCAACAACCCCAGACGAAUGUGAAGAGUUGCUCACAACAUCUUCGGAUACCGUCGUCAACGGCAGCGUGGGAUCGUCCUCGGGACCCGAUGGAGCCUCCGCGACGGACGGCGACCCGACCGGCACGCUCUCCGCGGGGCAUCCCCCAGGCUCCGACAGCGACUCGCAGCGCUCCUUCUCGCCGACGGGCCGCGCUUCUGCCUACCCGUCCACCAUGGCCGUCAACCCCACCAUCGUGCUGCUGCAGCACAAUCGCCUGAUGGGAGAGCAGCAAAAACGGCUGAGUAGGCUGUCAGACGCGUCCUCCCCUACUCCCACGCCUUCACCCGUGCCGGACGCGGCGGGUCAGACGGGAGAGCGGGCGGGCGAGCACCCGCACGACCGCCGUGCCUACGAGCGCUACGCGGACGGGGAGCGCUGGGUGGCCGACGGCCGGCCCUCGGUGCGCGUCAUCCGGCCGCCGGACUUCCCCGGCAUUGGCGGCGUGGACGAGGCCGGCAUUCCUCUCACUAGCACAGACCGGCCAAAGGACUGGUACAAAACUAUGUUCAAUCAGAUCCACAAGGUUAAUAAAGAACCUUCCGACUGCAAUCCCUACCUGCCUACCUAUCGCUUCCCUGAAGAGAGGGCCCAACACAGUCACUGUCAAGAACUAAAUGCAUACAAACCCACAUACAUUUUUCCAGAGGGCACAGAAAAGCCUCCUGACCCAGAGGAGAAUCCCUACAGACCCACGUAUGUCUUCUCUGAAUUUGUUUCGCGCCUUAAUCCAGAAGAAGAUGAUGAAGUAGAUGGUACCUUCACACCUCGGUCAGAUGGUACGUCUGAUCACUCGGUGCCGCGCUCCAAGAGUUUGUCGGACGGCCCGGAUUUUGACGCGCAGCAGCAGCAGAGAUCUGCCACGCUGCCUGCGCGCAUCUGCCUCCGCUCGGCGGCCCAGCGCGAGUGGGAGCCCCCUGACAAGCGCGUGGACACACGGAGCUAUCGUGCGGAGCCCAAGAGUAUUUUUGAGUAUGAGCCGGGAAGGUCAUCCGUUCUAGACAAGGAAGCGCCGGAGCCACAAACACUGUGGCAGGAGCUCCCAGUGAAGAAGCCGCAGGCCUAUGGAAGGCUGGGUUCAGACGGACGAGCUGAGAACGCAGGCGAGCGAAUGAAAACAGGGCCUGAAGCAGUGGGUACAAGAAAGAUUGUGCAGGAGGAGGAGGAACAGGUGGAGAGACAGAAUGGAAGGGAAACAGGAAUGACACGCAGACCGAGCUAUGUAAGUAUGGAGGAGAUAGACGUUCAGAACGAGGAGUGGUAUAAGUUCUUUGCCGAACUGGAGUUUGGCCAAAGGCCGUUUCGCAGAAAGAUCUGGGAAUACACGCCAGGCAACUGUUCCAUUCUGCCUCCCCAGGAAAAGCAGAUGUCUGCAUAUAGCACGUCUGCUGAACAGCCCACAGACAAAUCAGGCUACUCCAUGGAGCCGGGGUAUUACGCCGUGAGAAGGCAGUCGGAGCCGGCAGUGAGCCCCGUGGGGGCCCCCGGCUGUGAGGAGGAAGAGAGGCAGGUGUACAAGGCAGUGCUGGAGGGAGGGGACAUCCCCAUGCAGGGCCUCAGCAGCGUCAUCAAGAGGCCCUCGAUCACUUCCGCACCGCUCUCUCCUCGCUCCAAAGGUGGGGACUCGGUAUCUGCCCUCUUGUUUUCUGACAGUGAUGUAGUUUUUAGUAACCCCGGUAGCAGUCAGAUUCAUCCGUUCCGUAGCGCAGAAGCAGAGGCCCCAGGCGCUUCUCGCUUUACCGUGGCAGAUAGGCCAAGCGAGCCGUCAAAAUUGACCUGCGACGAAGACGUCGGCGUCGACCAAGGCCUGGCAAAGCGGCGGUCCCACAGCUGCGACGACCUCCUCAACGAGAGCCACAGCGUGGAGACCGAGCAGCCCGUCAAGUCCGAGAGCGCCGAAAACCUCACCACCAAGGAGCGCAACGAAUAUGCCGAGAUCGGCGACAUCAACCGCAGGGAUCGCGGAAAGAGGAAAAAAGUCAAGCGCAAGGUGCGCGUCACCGACCCGGAGUUUUCCGAGCUGUACAGGACCAUGCAUCAGAUCGAUCGGCAGCAAAUUACUCCGUCUCCGUCGCUGUGCUGCGUUGGGACCAUGGUGAAACGGUACGAGGGCAGCGGUAUGGGCCUGCUGCCCAACCAGGGCGGACAAACAGAGGAAGUGCCGAAGGACCUGGUAACCAGCAGGAUUACAGAGUUUGAAAAAUUCAUAAAAAGGACUAAGUCUAUGCCAAACCUGAAAAUAGCAAAUCUUGUUCCAUCGCCAGUGGCUGUCAUGGUGAUGUGUAAAAGCGAUACACUUUCCAUCAGGCGAAUGGGAAAUUCGUUUUCCGCUGACUCGCUGCUAGACAGUGAGGUUGCAAUGGAAAGCAAGUGGCAAUCAACCGAACGAAAACCGAGCGCUGUGCCCAGAAAGAAAACGAGCUUUGCAAGCAGUGAUGCGGUCAAUCCCAAAAGAAGCGCGGCAGCACCACCACUUGUGGUGAACCAAAUCUCAUUGGAGAGGGAAAGAGACGACGAUGCGGACACCGAUGGAUUUGCGUCCAAGCUGAGUGAAUUUGUUUUGGUGGACAGGACGUCCGUGUGCACGGAGAGUGAACUCGAUCGCUUGUCCUUCGCAUCGUGCGAGAGUUUAGAGAAGGCACGCAGGCGAACACAUAAACACCUCUCUGGGGGCUGCACCGGAUACUGCCCGGCAUCGUGGGCCCGGUUCACGCUCAUGAGUUUGUACGACAAGAAUAACUAUGACUACUACAGGAGCAGGAGCUCUCCUUUGAACUACAAAUCCAUGAAAAUGGAAAACUACGCGAGAAGCUACCGCACGCAGGCACAGCCAGACCGCUCGAGCUUUGCCAGGGCAGCGUGUCUCAUCAACCCAGUUCCUGUCAGACUCAAGAAAAAGAAGAAGUGUUUGACCUCCCCGCUGCAGACUACGAGCAGGCAAGAGCACAGGGCAGAAACGUUGUCAUCCGUGCACGAGACGUACCGAGAGAGGAUGCGGAGGGAGACCCGGAGACGAAGUUUGCCUGACAACAGACUUCUUCGAGAACUCAAAACCGAGCUCAAACCGUUUGUACCGGAGAGGAAGUCUUCUCGAUACAUCUGGGAAAAUUCCGAAGCCCCUUACCCCUACUUUUCAGAAAACCAUUAUCCUGGUCAUCUGGAGAACAUUGAGAUGCCCUGUCCUUUUCUUCCAAAGAGACAAUAUGCAGAAUACCUUGUAGAUUCAUCCUACCCGCUCCUGAAACCCAUCUCGCCCGUCCCGCCAUCAACUUACCUUCUGGACAGAGACCAGCCCACGUACCUGCCUGCUGCUGUGCGAGGAGCUUAUAGCUGCCACGUGGAUGGCUUAGAAGGUCGUUCAAUGUCACCCCUGUGGUUGCUGGGCAGCAGCCCUCUACCGCUGGAGGCAGCGCUCUACCCUCAGCCGAACCUCAAUCACUCUGAGCUCUCGCUCCAUAGCCUGGACCCCAGCCACAGAGCCCAGGGAGAUUACCAUUUUGUCCAUCGCCAAGAAUCUCUGUCUCCCCGGCCGAUGUCCGCUUGCUCGUCCCCAACGGGCCGCCCGCCUCCCAUCUACGAGAGCCGUGAGAGUGCAGAAGUUGUAUCUCGAAGACGGCGGGAGGACAAGGAGCGCAUGCUGGAGGAGCAGCGCAGGAUAAGGCGCGAGCAGGAGGAGGCCGACAUCGCUUCCCGGCGCCACUCGGGAGUCUUCCUUUCCCACCACCAGUUUAUCACCAACGAUCGCUUUGGAGAUCUCCUCAACAUAGAUGACUCCUGGAAGCGGACAUCGGUGGGAGAGGUCUGUCCCAGCUCGCCAUCGCCAGCCCAACCCACUCGACAGACUGCAAGAGCAAAAUAUAACUUCAGAGCCCAAUCACAAAAGGAGCUUCCCCUCCACAAGGGGGAUGUCGUGUACAUUAACAGGCAAGUCGACCAGAAUUGGUACGAAGGGGAGCACCACGGCAGAGUUGGAAUUUUCCCCGCAACUUACGUGGAGCUGCAGCCGACUCAGGAGAAAGCUCCGUUGAGCCCACUCCCUGCAGCCCCCCCGCAGGUGAUCCAGUGUGGCGAAGCCAUGGGAAAGUUUAACUUCACAGCCGACUCCCACCUCGAGAUGUCCUUCAAGAAGGGUGAGCGGAUCGCCGUUCUGCGGCGAGUGGACGAGAACUGGUACGAGGGCCGCAUCCCCGGCACGGCGCGGCACGGCAUCUUCCCUGCGUCGUACGUCGAGGUGCUGAGGAAGCCCCUGGUGAAGAAUGCCGCCGACUACCCCGACGCGCCGUCGCCUCUCGGUUACGGCCACCACCAAGGGCAAGGAGGGAACGCAGAGCCUGGUCGUCUGAGCAGAAAGUUCCCUCCUCGCUCCUCCACCCUCCCCUCUCAUGCCGCUAAAGGCACAGACGGCUCCAGGGCCCUCUUGCAGGCCGUCACGUCCGAGUGGCUCGACCUGACUGUUAGGGUGUCGCCCUCAGGCACCCCCACUCCUCCCCCCCCUCCAUUGACUCCUGACCUGCUCGCCUCUGCUCCUGGGAGAAAGCCCGGUGUGUGGAAUGACGAGAUGAUGUGGGGUCGCCGUUCCCGCAGCCCUGUGCCUUCCCAGCCUCCCAGUAACUCGUCCCCAUUGCGAGGAGCAGGCACCCACUCCAUCAAGCUGCUGCCUGCUGGAUUGCCACUAACCAUGAGUGAGGCCAGCUAUGUGGAGGCCGUCUGUAACGAGAUCCUGCAGAUAGCCGAGAAGUCGGUGCAGUACUGCAGCAGCCUCUCCCCGUUCCCACAGUCUGAAUGGCUGGGCCCGGCGGCCGGCUGCUCGUACGGCCGCUCGGAGACCGAGCGUAGGCCCAGCCCCUCCCACAGAGACUAUGGCCUCCGGCUCGUAGAGCCCAGAUACAGCCCGAGCUUGAUACCCAGCGCGAUGCACAGUCCCAGCAUGGCCUGUCGGACCAGCCUUUCCCAGCCUGGCUCCAGGACUAGCCUGGCACGUCAGCCCGGGCUGAGGCCCAGCUCAUCACACCCAGGCUACGACUCCAGGUUAUACGAUCCAGGAUAUGCCUACGCUUCAGUGCAGCGGGGCUAUGCAUACAGGCCUCUGGAGGUCGGCUAUGGCCUUCGGUCGACAGAGCAGGCAGCCUACGAGCAGAGGGGCAGCAGGGACGGCUAUGAAUAUCGGCUGGCAGAGAGCAGCUAUAGGUCCAGACUCGCAGAGCGUGACUUUGACCAGAGGGCAAUGUCGCGGCCUGGUUCAGGCUAUGAUAAAACACCAUCUCUUAUAAUCUCUCAGCAGCCCCAGCCCCAGCAGCCAGUCCGCAUCCCUGACGACUUCCACCUUACAGGAGAGCCCAGGUUCCAGGCAAUUUAUAACUACAAGCCCCAAAACGAGGAUGAGCUGGAGCUACUGGUGGGAGACGUGGUGGAGGUGAUGGAGAAAUGCGAUGAUGGCUGGUUUGUAGGUACAUCGAGACGCACAAGGCUGUUUGGGACGUUCCCUGGCAACUACGUGAAGCGGGUGUGAGAGGGAGCUGCCACACGCUACCGCGCGAACGUGACGUGGGAAGGGGCAUUCUUUUAAUGGAGCUCUCUGGACAGCAAAGGCAGAUGUUUGUAGAAUUUAUUAUGCAAGACUGUAAUGAGAAAAGCAUAUUUCUUAAAAUAUAAUAUUGAUUGAAUGAUUUAUUUUUGAUUGCAAAUUAGAAUUUAAAAAAAAGAUCUAAACCAUUGCUUUCUUGCUAAAUGUUUUGUAUGUUAUUGGAAGGGACGGUGUUAGGAGAAACGGAUGGCUUGCCGAGUUAGGCAGUUGAUAAAGUUUUCACAGUUUUGGGAGGAUUUGUACUGGUUAAAGAUGAUGGGAAAUGGUGUGACAUAAUGUGUAUAUUAAACUGAAGUUCCUUAAACAUCGAGGAAACUAUUUCUGUUUUAAAAACAUAGACUCCCAAUGAAACAGUCAGUGUUGCAUUCUUCAGUGGACUUUAAUAUAGCCAUGAUAUUUUAUUUGCUGAUAUGCAAAAUAACCUGCAUGUUAUUAUUGCUUUCAUUGAGUUAUUGAUCCUUGUAUGAAUACGAUGCCAGUUUCAUUUGUGUGCUCUGUUAUUUAAGUUCAGAAUGCAAUUAAAAUGUUUUAUUGUUAAUGUUUUUCUUUGUUCCGACAUUGAUUGAAAUUUGAGAGUAGAAAAUACAUGUUAUUCAAUCAACGUAUAAAACAAUAUUUCAUAUAUGAACGUUUUGCUUUUGAAUAAUAGAUCUUAACUUUUACUGAUCUGCCAAUGCUAUUGAUUUUAAAUCAAACUACUGAACUAUCUCAGAAUGCCUCCUUCUGCUCUGUUGUGGCUCAUGGUAAUGUGAGAAGUAAUAUUUUGGAAAUGAUUCCUGUUACUCGUAAUAUUUACAAAGCAAUUACCAACACGGAAGAUAGUCAAUGUAUCUAAAUUGGCACUUGAUGGAGAACGCACUGCAUCUGACCGCUAUUUGAUGUAAAAUCAGCUCAUUAUUCAUGCAUUAGCCGUGCAGUGGCAUUGUGCUUUGCCUCAUUUCAACUCUAAAGCAUGCAGCUUUUAAGGACAUGAAUGUGCUCUGAACCGUUACACAUUCGUGAAUAGCCGUCUCUUAUUGAGGGCAAAAAUUACGCAAUUUUUCAAUCUUACAUUUUCUAACAUUUUCACAAUACUUGUAGUGCAAGGUAUUUUGAAAGCAAAUUACAUUAGGUGGACAGUGUUUUACUUCUGUGUUAUUCUGCAGUGCCUAUGUACGUCACUUCGAAAAUCCCUGCAGGGUAAAACUGUAUAACAAUUGUCAAGGUGUGAUGUGACCAAUACAAUAUAGUAUGGUCUCAUAUUAAUUAUAUGUAUCGCAGACUACAGCAAAAAGGUGACAUUUGUCAAUUUAUUACUAUGAUACAAACGCAAACCCGGCAGACUUGUAAUCUAAAGGCCUAUAAAAGGGAUUCGUCAUAAUGUUCUGGUGAAGGCCCCGAUGGCCAAAGUGAUGACGCAUAUGCUUUUGCAUCACAGCAUUAUUGUAAUCGCCUUAUUUUUUCCACGUGUUUAAAGAUGCAACACAGCAUCUCAAAGAGUUUUUUUUCCCAGUAUUUUUCUUUGGCUUUAUGUGGGCAAUAGGCAAAGGCUCCUUGCGGUCUAUGCUUCUGUAAAUUAUUUCGCCGGUUAAGUAAAUGACAAACCUUACAUUCUCCAUGAGGAUGUUGAAAAGCCCCCAAUUUAUAUGGUGGUAACCAGUGUCACAGUGUAUAAUUGUCCUGCCUUAAUCACCACAAUAUUUUUCUGGUAUUCCCCUGGCGGAGUGCCUUAAUCUUUUGACUGCAUCUAAGGGCAGCGUUGGGGGUGACUAGCAAGUGUAGCAUGUCAACUGGGGAGUACUCUUAGUUAUGAUAGUGUGCUUUCCAAUAAAUCGUCAAAGGAAUUGGGAACAGACACCGCACUAAGAUGCACCUGCAUGUAAUCAAAACACAGGUGCACCGGUGUUAUCUACCCAUCAAUGCCUGCAGGUGUACCAAACUACAAUUAUACAUUUGAGCAAAUGGAAUUGUAUGAAACUGCUCUCCACAGUUAUUAAAACAAAUCGGCGUGAGUUUGUCCCCGCGCAUAAUUUUGGUCGAAAACAUUUGGGUGAUUAAAUAUUAACCGUAAAAAACUAAACUAAACAUGAAACGAAGUUAUUAAUAUCCCCCGCUUUUAAUGUUGGUUAAAACUCUGGCUUUAGGCAUCAAGUGAUCAUUUUCUAGACUUAUCAAGAAAACAGAGGCUGGAAUAUCUCAGAUGUCUACGCAGCUGCUGCACUGUUGUAUAUAACGUAAACUUCAACAAAUAAAACGUUUAAAAAAUCCUUCAAAUGUUUAAAUAUAUAUGAUAAAAACAAAGCUACUUUGUAUAGAAAGCAUUCUCAACUCAUAGUGGUGUUUGUAAAAUGAUAUUUUAUGUAAACUCAUUUAAAAAAUGUUUCAUUUUGGUUUGCUACAGUACAGUAUAUGCAAUAUUUAUUAUAAGUGAAACUAGAGUAUUACUGUAUAAAGCGACUCCAUUAUGAAUGCUUUUUUGUCUUGAAAUUAUUUUUUUUGCUUUGGCAGUAUAUUAGUUAUAUCAUCCAAAUAUUUUUGUAAUGUCUUGCUAUAGCAGUAAUAUAUUUUGCAUUAUUUUUUUUCUCACUAACAGUGGCUUGCUGCAUGUCUAACGUUAAUUAAAAGCUUUGAGCAAGUCACAUGGCCUUAUUACAUACCUGCCAACCCCUUAUCAGUGCCUACCUUAUUACAGACCAAUUCAGAUUGGUCACCCCGUGCCCUUAUAAAUCUCAACGUUCAGCCUACAAAGUCCCAUCACAGGGGAGAAACGCAAACAAAUAAACAAAAAAUGUGUUGCCCGUAUUGAACCGGCCGUACGCCGUAUGGACCUGAAAACUAAAUUUCCCUGUACAAGAAUACGGGUAACCCGUAUGGGUUGACAGGUAUGUUAUUAAGCCAUUAUUUAUAUAUCAUAGCUUUUUGCAGUGUAAAGGCUAAAUCACUUCUCCCACUUGACGUUUCUAACACAAUUUUCCCAAUAUAAAUUCAAAUACAGAACUGUACUUAAAAGAUAGGAAACAAAAUUUCCAACGUGGCCAUUACCCAAAGCAUAAAGCGUUUUGCCUUUGAUACUCCAGAUUAAGAUUACAGUUUUAAUUACGGAAUUCUAGUAAUUGGUAUCGCACAUGGACUUUAGGACUCCUUUGUACUUAUGACAUUAUCCUCGCAUACAAUAUGUAUCCUUUAUAUGCCUUGGAGAUCCAUUAUCUGUGCGCUGCUGUUUUCAAUUUUGAAUUUGCAAUGUUCAAUAAAGUUGGAACUUUAGAAAACUUU